UCCAGCGCGAAGAAAGGUCGAGCACCAGAAUUUGCAAGGAGGCUUUCAUUCUUCUGGCUAUCUCGUCACAUUUUUACGCGACGGCUGGUCUUCUGAAAGGUUGCUUUCUCACACGACAGACUCGCAGGAGCAGGAGUCGAUGCGAGGGCCGCUUAGAGAACUUCGCCGUUUUGUCUCGCUCAACAACAGCAGGAUCUCCACACGAACGCAGACGGUAGUCCGUACGCAGCCCCUACAAGCCCUCCGCGUUCAAGCGCCUUCGUCACCAAUCGCAAUUCGCCGCCUUGCAACAAUGGCGGCGGCAGCAGCUACACCUGUGUCGGACGCAGGAUGGACGCCUCCAGAACCCGGAACAAUUCCAGCACCAGCGAGGCGGGCACCUGAGGACAUCCACACCCACGCCAACCUCAUCGAGAUCCGGCCGACACACCUUGAUCUGGAAUGGACCAUUGACUGGGACAAGCGGAUCUUUUCGGGCUCGGUCGAGCACACUCUCGUCGUGGAGCAGGAUGGCGUGGACCGCUGUGUCAUGGACUCCAGCUUCCUCGACAUUCACAAGGUCACAGUCAACGGAAAGGACGCCAAGUGGGAGUUGAGCAAGAGGAAGAACACCCUUGGAAGCGCGCUCACGAUGCAGAUCGGAAGGAGGAACCAGGGCGACAAGAUCAAGGUGCUCAUCGACUACAGCACAACCGAGCAAUGCACGGCUCUGGGCUGGCUGACCACGGAGCAAACCGAGUCCAAGAAGACGCCCUUUCUCUACUCUCAGGCGCAGGCGAUUCACGCCCGGUCGAUGCUGCCAUGCGUCGACUCGCCAUCGCGCAAGAUCACCUACACAGCAAAGGUGCACAGCAAGAUCCCUGUGCUGAUGAGCGCUCUUGCCGAAGGCACCGUCCAAGCCUCUCCGACGGAACCAGGCGAAGCGCGCGUUGGGAACGCUGACACCAAUGGGCUCAGCACCUAUCACUUCCGGCAACCUGUCUCGGUGCCCACGUACCUCAUCGCCAUCGUCGGUGGUACCCUCUCGUUCCGCUCCCUGGCACCUCGCGUCGGGGUCUGGGCCGAACCCACGAUGAUCGAUCGAGCCGAGUGGGAAUUCAAAGAGGAUGCCAAUCGGUUCCUCAUCGCAGCCGAAGACACCAUCUCGCCGUACUCAUGGAGCCGGUACGACUGUGUGGUUCUGCCCCCCAGCUUCCCAUAUGGCGGCAUGGAGAAUGCCAACUUGACGACGCUCACUCCGAGUCUCAUCGCCGGAGAUCGAUCCCAAACAGACGUCUUGCUCCACGAGCUGGCCCACAGCUGGUCGGGCAACUUGACGUCGUGCGGCAAUUGGGCCUCCUUCUGGCUCAACGAGGGCAUCAAUGUUUGGAUUGAGAGACUGCUCCUCCAAGUCGUCCAUGGUCCCGAAGAAGGUCCUGCUCAGCGAGGAUUCUCUUAUAUCAUUGGGGCCAAGGCGCUGACCGACGCACUCGAGCAGUUCAAGGACAUUCCCCGAUUCCAGAGAUUGGUUCCUGUCUUCAAGGAGGGCGAGGACCCCGACGACUGCUUCAGCAGCAUUCCGUACGAAAAGGGAUCCAACUUCAUCCUUCACCUCGAGCAGACCGUUGGGGGUCUUGACGUCUUCCUUCCGUUCAUUCGAAGCCACUUUAGGACCUUUUACGACCGCUCUGUCACAACCGAGGAGUGGAAGCAGCACCUCUUCGACUUCUAUAAGGGGAGCCCCGAGAUCUCGAAGAAGCUUGAGGCAGUUGACUGGGACGGUUGGCUGCAUGGCGAGGGGUUGGAGCUUCCGGUCAAGAUGCAAUACGACGACCGACUCGCACUGCAAGCCUUCAAAUUGGCCGAGAGGUGGAUCAAGGUUAUCGAAGGCAAGAACGAUAUCAGCUCUGAAAAGUUCAAGCCCAAGGACAUUGAGGGAUGGGACUCGAACCAAGUCGUCGUCUUCCUCGAGAGACUUCACGCUGGUCCGCGCAUCACGGGCGAGAUCAUCGAGUCCCUCGAUUCCACGUACAAGAUUUCUUCGAACACCAACACCGAGAUUCUUGUCCGCUUCUACGAGGUUGCACUCGAGGAUCCAAAGGGCAAGUACGCCAAGGAGGCGGCACAGUGGGUCACCAAGCAGGGACGAAUGAAGUACUGUCGGGCCAUCUAUCGGGCGCUGUUCGCCGUCGAGCCAGAGCUGGCGAAGAAGACGUUCACGGAAAACAAGACGUUCUACCAUCCCAUUGCGGCGGCCAUGAUUGAGAAGGACCUGCAACUGAUUCCGAGCAGGCCGCAGGUUGGGGACAAAGGCCUCCUGUUUGCCGUGUGUGGCUGUACAGGAACCGGAAAGACGAAGUUGGGCGUCGAGCUCGGCCACUUGCUCUCGGGUCGAGCCGAGGUCAUCUCCGCCGACAGCAUGCAGAUCUACCAAGGCCUCGAUGUCAUCACGAACAAAGCCUCGACCCAAGAGAUGGAGGGUCUGAAGCACCAUCUGAUGAGCUUUCGACAUCCUUGUCCUCCUACGAGGGGGGACGAAUACGUCGUAAAAAACUUUGUGGAGGAUGCAAAUGCCCUGAUUGAGAAGAUGGACAAGGAGGGAAAGACACCGAUUGUUGUUGGGGGAACGACGUACUACAUCCAACAUCUCUUCUUGCCGGGCCGUCUCGUCUCGCUAGCGAAUGGCGACGAAGAGGGCAAAGAAACAAAGUCAGGCGGUGAAGAAGACAUUGACUCGAUCCUGCAUAAUUACGACCUUACUGCGCGCCUCGACGAAGCUCAAAUACGCCUCUUGCAUCGACUGGCAAAGGAGGAGGGCGCAAACUUUCAGUCGCUGGGUGCGACUGCUCUGCAGCUCUGGAAGACGCUCGAGAUGGUCGAUCCUACAAUGGCCCAGCGGUGGCACAUCAAAGAUACCAGAAAGGUCAUGAGGAGCAUUCGCAUCUUGCUAGAGACAGGCAAGAGGCAAUCAGAGUGGAUCAAAGAGCAGGACAGAGUCGAGGAGGAGCAACAUCGCUGCGACGGGGGAGGAGCGGACAAGGAGCAGAGGGACAAAGUCAUUUUCUGGCUCUGGUGCGACCCCACAGUGCUAAAGGAGAGGCUCAAUAACCGCAUUGAGAAGAUGAUUGACCGAGGGCUUUUGAAAGAAAUUGUCGAACUUCGCACACUCGAAGCGGCCACGAUGUCUCCGGGCAAGAGAGACUUCGAGAGGGGCAUCUUCCAGACCAUUGGCUACAAAGAGUUUGACGCCUAUCUGACUCAUUGCCAACGGACUGGCACCCUCACUUCGCUCGAUUCACGCUCCCUGCGGCCAUCAUGUGACGACGAGCAAGGUAGGACCCUGUUUGCAAAGGCAGUCGAGGACAUGAAGACAGCAACGAGACAGUAUGCACGCUCGCAGACGCACUGGAUCCGAAACAAGCUCAUUCCUGAGAUCCGGAAGGAAAGGUCACGGGGUGCAAGAGUGUACCUGUACAGACUUGAUGCGACUGAUCUAGACAAAUGGGACGAAUCGGUUGGAAAGCGAGCAAAGGAGAUUGUUCAAGGCUUCGUUAAUCGAUAUUCAUCAGUGUGCGACGACUACAUCUCGCAAAUUGAUAGUCAAGAAUGGGGAGGAUCGUCUCAUCAAGCCGGAGGAGUAGACCAAAUCGGCCGCAACAGAUUUGAAAUCUGCGAUCUGUGCACCCAAUAUACCUGGCACCAGCUAGAAGAACAAGAUCGGAAAGAGGGACGGGAGGAGAAUCAAACCCCGCCAAAGGGAGAAGAAGGGGAAUCUGAAGGCAUUGACAGCAACAGCGAAAUCGAAAGGGAGCCCUAUCUUGUCCGAGAGGCCGACUGGCAAGCUCAUCUAAAGAGCAGAGCUCAUCGAGCUGCCUUACGCUGGAAGCAGGGCCCACGAAACAAACCAGACGAGGGACCAGAGGCUGUAGAGAAGCGCAGACGUAGGCGAGACGCCGCCGCUGCUGCUGCUGCCGCAAUAGCAGCGACAGUGGCAGAGUGAAGUUUCGG